AUGUGUUCCAAAAAAAAGUACCAUCUAUUGGCAAACUCAGCGUUAAUUAAUAACAAAAAAUGUCACCUAUCGACUAUCCUUCAAGAAAUCUCAAUAACAUUCGGUUUAUCCUUAUUUGCAUUUUAUCUCUUCUAUCAAUUAUUUGGAAACAUUAUAUUGAUUCUUGUUCUCGUAUUUGGAAUACUAUCUUCACUAUACGGUUUACAAGAUAUGUUACUUUAUCAACCGGAUGAGCCAGAUACCGCACGAACAAUUGUACAAACACCCGAGUUAUUUCAUAUGGAAUAUGAAACGAUAAUUAUUGAAACAGCUGAUAAUGAAAAAUUGCAUGGAUAUUUACUAACACAAAUGAGACAAAGUGAAGAAUGUGCAACAUUGGUUUUCUUUCAUGGAAAUGCAGGAAAUAUAGGACAUAGGUUACAAAACGCUCAUUUACUCUAUCGGACAUGUAACAUUAACAUUCUUCUAUUUGAUUAUCGUGGUUACGGCAAAUCAACUGGUGUUCCGUCAGAAACAGGUCUUUAUACAGAUGCACAAGCUGUAUAUGAUUUCGUUCGAUCACGAAAUGAUUUAAAUCAAGGGAGAAUUAUUUUAUUUGGACGUUCAUUAGGUGGCGCCGUUGCCUUGCAUCUCGCUGCACAUCUUGCUGAAAAUGAAGCAACACCUCCAUUACAUUGUGUAAUUGUUGAAAAUACAUUUACGUCAAUACCCGACAUGGCCAAACGAUUGUUUCAGUUCUUCAUACUUGAUUAUAUACCCACUUGUUACUACAAGAAUUUAUUCUCCUCAAUUAGCAAAAUUCGCCACAUUAAAAUACCUAUACUUUUCCUCUCCGGUGAACAAGACGAACUAGUGCCACCACAGAUGAUGCGCAAAUUACAUGACGAAUGCCAAAGUGCAAAAAAGCAACUGAUUUUAUUUUCCGACGGCCAACAUAAUACAACUUGGCUUACACGGAAUUAUUCAACGCAGAUACAAAAGUUUCUUACAGAAUGUUCAACAUUACCUUCCGAAGGAAUAUCAGUGUCUGUCCGUUAUUUAUUUAUUUUACUAUUCUACAGUAAUUUAAUCACUUCAACAACAUCAUUCAUUCUCUACCCACCAUUGAAUCGUCUCAUUGAACAGUUAACAUACAAUUCAACGUUACCACAAUGUACGUUUUCAACAUGUUACCGAACAGCAACUCAAGCAGACUUUUCAACAACUGAUCUUACCCAUGAUCAAUUGUUAAAACUAUCGACAUAUGACAAACUCCCUCAUGAUCGUAAACCGUACCUCAUCUCUUCAACGGGAAUCUAUUAUGGUCAACGUAUUCGUUAUCGAAAACGAGUUGUAGAUCAAUUUCUUGGCAUUUACUAUGCUGAACCGCCCAGACCACUGGAAAAACCCGUUAAAAGACGCUUUGAUUAUGUAUUACACGAUGCAACUAAAUUCAGUGCGUGCUGUAUGCAAUCGAAAAUGAUGGCAGAGAAUCUUUCGUAUGGUUCAUUUCUAAUGCAGCAAAAUUUUAGUGAUGAUUGUCUUUCUUUGAAUAUCUAUCGAGCUGAUCUACGCCAUGGAGAAAAACGUAAGGCAAUCAUGUUGUUUUCUCACGGAGGUUCAAAUCAGUUAGGUGGCGGAUCAUUGUUCGAUGGAAGUAUACUGGCCAGUGAAGGUGAUAUCAUUGUUAUAACAAUGAAUUUUCGCCUAAAUUAUCAUGGGUUUUUGUCUAGUGGUGAUAAUCGAGUUAAAGGCAACUAUGGUCUAUGGGACCAACUAUUGGCUGUCGAAUGGAUUUAUGAAAAUGCACAUUUAUUCGGCGGUGAUCCGAAACGAAUAACUCUGGCUGGACAUUCAGCAGGUGCUGGAAAUGUCAUGUUAAUACCCGCCAGUCGACAUUGUCGUGGAAUGGUCCGUCGUGUUAUAUCUCAAUCAGGUACUGGUUUAGCUCCAUGGAGUAUCAACCACAAUCCAUUGAAAUUACUCGAACGCUUCUCGCGAGAGUUUAAUUGUACAGAUUCUGACGGGAAGGAAAUGUUUGAUUGUAUUCAUAAAUUAUUAGACGAAGGUACAACAGAUAUUUAUCGUCUUCAUUUAAGUUUAAGUAUCGCCGAUGAUAAUCCAUAUCCUGUUAUUGAUAACGAUUUCAUCAACGAUACUAUUGAAAAUAUUCUGCGAAGUGAUCUUUAUGAAAAUGUCGAUUUUCUGACAGGUGUAACAUUGAACGAAGGAUUGUAUUUUGCUGAAUAUCAUAUUAAACAUUUGUACAGUGGCCUUCAAGCUCAAUCUUCAUCAAUGGGUAAGACUCCACUUCGUGAACGACGAGCAGUUCUCGAUAGAAAUUCAACGGCAAUCAUUGCGCCUGAUAUAACGUAUUCAACUCAUCUUGACAACGAACGAAGAAAAAACGAAAUGAUCAGAUUACAGCAAACAACUAGCACGGAACCACCAUCUGUACCCGAACUCAAUACAAUUCUAGAACGUUUUACUAAUUUGAAUUAUGUUGAACGAUAUAUUGAAGCAAAUUUUCAACAUGAACAAUGCUUUCGAGCAGAUGUGAAACAGAGAUAUGAAUUAGCAGCUCGAGGUGAUAUCAUUGAACAACUAAAACUCUACAUUGACCUCGUUUCGGACUUAAUGUUUAAUUUUCACAUGGUGCGAUGUUUAUAUGUACGUGAACAAGUGAAAAAUAAGACAUCAACCGAUUAUGCAUAUAUUUACUCCCAUCGGCCAACGCUUAAAGUUCGAAGUACAUUUCGUGAUCAAUUGAAAAUAUUACCGCAAGCUGUUGGACAUUUUGCAGAAUUAGAAUGUAAACAGUAUCUUGUUACUAAUUCAAAAUUUUUGACAAAAAAAGAUUAUGUCUUCGGUGUUCCAUUGGCACGGAAUUAUUCUACGAUACAUCAAAAUGUGAAUAUGAGUUAUUAUAAUUAUUCGACGGACGAAAUCAAUUUCAGUCGACAAGUUAUUCACUAUUGGUCAAAUUUCAUCAAAACUGGAAAUCCAAAUAAGAAUCCAUCUUCUAAUAUUAAACCACAUGUUGAGUGGAAAUCGUACACGAAAUCCGAACAUAAUUACUUAUAUUUUCAUUUGAACAACAUUCAUAAUCGACCAAAAUAUUUUGACUCGAUGUAUGACUUCUGGAUGAAAUGCUUUCAAAUUGAACAGUCAGGUGGAUGCAAUAAAGCAAAAAUCGGUAAAUAUUUAACUGCGCUUUUACAUUUACUCGCCAUUAUACUUAUUCUAAUUGGAAUCGGUUCUAUUUGGAAAUACUUUCAAUUGAAAAAAAGUGGACAAUUAAUAGCUCAUGAAUCACCAUCUAUUUUGAUUCCCCACCCUAAUCGUGUAUCAGCAUAA